AUGCUUAAUUUAUUUAAAAUAAUGAAAACAACAAGAGUAGUUUUAAUGAUAUUAAUAUUAAUAAUAUCAUUAUUUAAGGUUCUGGAAGAUGAAGUUGUGUUAAAUGCAAUUAACACAGCUGUGCGUAAAGCUUGUGCUGAUGAUGAUACAACGAUAGACAGAGUCAGCCAAAAUAGUUCAGAGUUGAAAAUACAGCAAGAAAACACAAAACGUAUAUUAUCUGUUAUGAGUGCAAAUGUGAAAAACUGGGUUUACAAGUAAUUUAUUGUUCCUUGAUUUUGUACAAUAAUAUUUUAAUCAUUUUUGGUUAUAGGGUCAUUGGAUGGUUUACAUUUCGUAUGAUCUCAUUAUUUGCCACCAGUCUUUUGGUCCAACCUUGUCAAAUUGAUAGAGUCAGAGAUGCCGAACAGAGUGGCUUGCCUGUUAUUUAUUUACCAUUACACAAGAGCCAUAUGGAUUAUAUACUAUUGGGAUUAGUGUUGACUGUCCAUAAUAUUAGGCCUCCUGUGGUAGCAGCAGGGGAAAACCUUAGGGUUUUCUUUAUAAGGUAUUAUUUUCGAAAAAUGGAAACAAUUUUUUUUGAAAUUUUUUUUGCAUUCUAUCAAAAUACUGUAAAUAUACAUAUGAUUUUUACAGUUGUAAACAACGUUGUUAUUCAUAUAUAUUGUAGCCCUGCUAUAAAGUUCUAUUUAAUGAUAUAUUUUAUGUUAUUGUUUUUAGGUACUAUAGUGGUAAUGUUAGAUCAUAUUUGAUUUAUUAUAUUAUUAGGUACUGAAAAAUGUAUAAUAUUCCAGAAUCAUAGAUAAUUUAAUAAAAUUUCUGUUACUUUUAACAUAAUAUAACUAUUUACAUACACACGUACUUGAGCUACAUUUAAAAUUUAUUUUUAACAUGAUAAAUAGAAUAUAUAAUUGAAUAAAAUGCUAUUUUUAUAACAAACAAAAUAUAAUCAUAUUUUCAGCCUAAAGUUUUAAAAAUACUUUUAAUAUUCAGUUGUGUUUUAAAUUUAAUUUCAGUAAACUUUUAAGUUUUUUGGGAGCAUUUUACAUCAAAAGACAAAUAGACCCAAAACAGGAUAAGCUAUAUUGGUCAAUUUUAAACAGCUAUAUUAAAAACAGUAUGAAAGCCGGUCAUCAUAUAGAAUUUUUUUUGGAAGGUGCCCGGACCAGAUGUGGAAAAUGUUGUGUGCCUAAAGGUUUAUGUUUAUAAAAAUAAAUGCAAAUAUUUUGCUCAGCCUAUCUAUAUACAAUUUAUGUUUAUUUUUGAUCAGGUGGUUUGUUAAGUAUAAUAGUAGAUGCUUACCGUGAAGGAGUUAUUGAGGACGCUUGGAUUGUUCCUGUGUCCAUAAACUAUGACCGGAUUUUGGAAGGAAACUUUGUAAGAGAACAACUCGGGCAAUCAAAAAAGAAAGAGACUUUCUUCAUGGCAAUAUCAACUUUUAUUAAAGCUAUUUGUUCUCAUUAUGGAAUAAUGAGAGUAGAUUUUAAUGUUCCGUAUAGGUUAAGAGUAUGUUAUUAUAACUUAUAAAUUUGAAUAAUAUAUAUUAUACAGUUAAAAUGAGCUAUAAUAAUGCAGGUAAUAUUGAAUUGUAGAAUAAAAUUUUGUUCUUCAUGUAUAAAUAAAUUAAAUAGUCAACUCGUCAAAUCCAUUAAGAGUAAUUUUGACUGUACAUCCAUUACACAUAUUAUUUUAUAAUUUGACAAUAUACAAUAUUAAAUUUUUCUUUAGGAUUUGUAUGAAUCUAUAAAUAAAAAAACAAAAUUAGAAAAUGAAAAAUUUGAAAAUAUUGGUUUGGAAAUAAUGUCUGAAAAUGCUCAAUAUAGACGUACAGUAGACGGAAUGGCUAAACAUAUAGUUUAUGGUAACAUUAUUUGUUAAAAUUAUAAUAAAAUAUGUCACUAAUAAAUAAUAAUAGUCUUUAUUUUGAAAAUCUGUUAUAAUUUAUUAAUAAUAUCAAUUUUGCAGAUAAGUAUUAGAUUGAUUUUGGUUACAGAUUGUUGGAAAUCAACUGCUAUCAUGUCAACAAAUGCUGUGUGUUUUUUACUUUUGAAACGAUUUAGAAAUGGCACAACAAUAGAACAGUUGGCUUUAGAAUUAUCUUUAUUGCGUGAUAAAUUGUCUCAAGCUGAUAGGGAUGUUGGUUUCAGUGGUAAUUCUAUAGAUAUUGUUAAACAUGCUGUAAGUAGAUAUACAAUGACAUUUUUUUUUGGAAAGUAUAAAAAUUGUUUUUUGUAUUUCAGUUAGGUCUUUUAGUUCCAAAGCUAGUUGUUUAUGAAAAAACUGACGUUGGACCUAUUGUUAAACCUAUUCUCACUGUACCAAGUCUAAUAGAAUUAUCAUAUUAUGGGAACAGUCUUCUUUCUCACUAUCUUCAUUCAUCAAUUGUAGGUUAGUAUGAUAUGAAUUUAUGAGUACCUGUAUUCUUUUGAUUAGGAAUAAUUAUGUUAUUAAAGAAGAAGUUUAUUAUCUAUCCUACUUCUGUCUAAAUUUUACAACAUCCGAUAUCAACGUACAUAUCUAAUUGAUUAUAAAUGACUAGUAAAUAUAUUUUAAUGAAUAGUAUGUAAUGCAUAUCAACAUUUUCAUACAAAUAUUCUUUUUGUGAAUCUGUUUUUAAAAUAGGGCUUUUUUAUUUGGAAAUCUAAAGUGUAUGUUUAUCAGAGUAAUAACUGUAAAAGUAAAAAGCGAGAGUAAAAAAUUGUAAAUAUUGUUAUUACAGAAUUUAAAAAAUUCCCUAACGAUUGAAAAUAAUUGAAAUCAAACCCACCUAAGCAUCUGAGAAAAUCUCUGGUUCAUGUUAAUGAAUCACUGUAAAAAAUAAGAUAUUUACUAUUUUUUAAGUUAACUUUAAUAUAAUGACAUUUAUACAUUUACCCAAAUAUGUAUUUAAAUGAUUGGCAAUAAUUGUGAAUUAUUUAUACCUAAUAUUUUUACAGCUAUGGCAUUGAGUAAACUAGUGUGUCCAGAGUUUUGGAAUAAAACAUUAACUGAAACAAAAAUCUCGGGAAAUGAAUUGUUAGAGGAUUUGAUAUUUUUAACUGAAUUAUUGCAAUUUGACUUUGUAUUUAUUAAACCAUGCGAUAGCCUGGAAAAUGUUUUAGAAUCGGUACUUCGACAAUUUGAAUCAGAAGGAAUUGUUUUAAUAGAUAUGGUAUUUAAGAAAAUGCGAAUUGUUUUUACCUGACUGAUUACAGUACAAAUGUAAGUUAUAUUUUCUUUUAUUUUACAGCUACUUGAUGAAGAGAGACGAAGUCAACAUAUAGCCAAACAAUUAGAUAGUGAUUCUGAUGAUUCAUAUGAUUCAGAUAAACCCUAUGAGAAAUUUGAUGUUAAAUAUCGUGUAAGAAAAUUGUUUUUUUAAUUAUUUUGUAUAAUAUUAAUUUUGACAUGUUUAUUUUAAUUUGAUAACAACAUUAUAUAAUGUUAUAAUUAUGUAAUGUGUUUUGAGUUGCGGAGAACACUCCCUAACAUGUUACUUAUUAUACCAUUAAAUAACAUGUAUGUAAAAAUUAAUACAUAUUUCUAAUGUAUACCAUUCAACAUUUUAUCAAAUAUUAUCAUUUUUAAAAAUUAAAUUGUGUUUAAUUCUGAUGCCAAAAUAUAAAUAUAAUUUUAUUUUUUUUAAAUUAUUAGUUAUGUUUACAUCUUUCAUAAUUUUCAACUAAUAUUAUGUUAAAUAUGAUUAAUAAUGUAAGUACUGUUUGAAUUGUCUAUUCUAGGAUAAAAUAUGACAAUAAUUUGUAUAAAAACAAAUAAUAGCAAUCCUGAUUUGUAUUAUUAUUUUAGUUGAUUGCAUAGUAUGUAUGUAAUAUUUUUAUUGGCCAUAUUUAUUCAAAAACCUAAAAGUGUAAAGGCAGAUGACAAAUUUUGUUUGGUAGGAGUGAUUAGAUCCUCCCCCUUAUAAAGGGGUUUUUUCUAUGUUUUUGGUAUGUUUCCAUAUGAAGUCUGUCAGUCAUAUAGUAUCUACAUUAAUAGUUUAUUUUCAUACACUAUCAGAGCAUGUUUUAAAUACUGAUAAUUUUCAGUUCAUAUUAAAAUUUACAUUAGAUAUAUAGUAGAUAAGAUGUACGCACAUUAGAAAUUAAUGUUCUUCUCUAAUAAAUGAAAAAAUUUUUUAUUAUAGAUUAGUGCUGAUGAAAACAGUUUGAAUAAAAUAAAGUUUUAUCGAUCAAUUAUCAUGCCGUACUUAGAAUGUAUGGCUGAAUGUGCUGGAAGUUUUUAUGAUUUGAAUGAUGAUACAGUGCCAGAACGCUUACAUGUGCAAACUAUUUUAGAACAAAUGCAUGAAAAUUUGGCAGAUGGCUAUUUAGUUCAUGGUAAAUUUUGAUGCACAUUAUUUUUCGUUUUAUGUGUAUGAAUGCUGUAGUAAAUUUUAUAAUAAAUAUCAUACUCAAAUUCUAACUUAAGAAUUCAUUUUCACUCAACCUCUGGUAUAUUGAAAUUUUAAUUUGUCUGUUGCAACGUAAACAUAUAAUUGUAAUUUGAUUUAUAAUUGACUUUUACUUACUUAUUAUUAUAUUGAACUAAUGUUUUACAGGAGAGAGUAUAUCUGUGGAUACAAUUAAACAUUCAUUUUUAGCAUUUGAAAAAUUUCACUGCUUAACAAUUACUACAACCGAUAAUGUAAAAAUGUUGAGUCUCAUUGAUAACGAACGUAAUGAAAACCUCAGAGAAAAUAUGAUUAGUAUGUCUAAAUAUAUUGAAGGAUUUGUGAAACAAUUAGACUAAGUGAUAAAUAUUCUCUUUUUAAAACUUAUAAUGUAAUUUAAAACAAAUGUAUUCAUUUGCUCAAUUUUAUUGGACUGUUGAUAUUUUAAAGAAAUUAUUUUAUCAAUGUUUGAUUUAUUUUCAAGUAUUAUAGUAUGGAUAAGUCAUAAAAUAUUUAGAUUAAUGUUAGUUUCUUGCCUUAGUAAAAUAAGUUUUGUUCAUACUAUAGUAAUUAAAUUUACAUUAUUAUAUAUUAUUUUUUACUUUGAACUUCUUAAUUUAUAAUUAGAUUUUUGUAUUUAGCUCAAAAAUCACC